UUUGCAAACGUGAUAUCAGGCGCAGGUUACACAAACUCCUACCCAUGGGGCCUGGACCACGGAAGCAAACGCAACAACCGCACACAGCCACUAAUAUAUAAAUUUCUCUCAGCUAUAAUUGCUCUCACCUUUCUUCCCCAGCCGCACUCCACAGCACACACUACCCAGACAUCCCGAGUUCAGGCUCACCGUUCACUUCUCAUUCUUUACCUCCUCCAACUCUUAUCUACUCUCUACUCUAUACGACUCCACCCUCUCCCGCGCAUCAGUAUUCGAGAAAUGAGCUCCCACAACUCUGAUGCUGGCCCUUCUUCUCAGGGCGCCAGGCAGGGGGGUGCUUCUGCGGCUGCCGCCCCGCUUGGGGCUCAUGAAGGGCUUCAAGGCGCUUCUCAACCAGCGAUACACGCUGCACCCCAUGUCUCCUCACAAGCGGCUACUCAACAGCCCAUCCCGUCCCACUGGCCCCCUUCUCCAUGGAAUCCUCCCGGAGGUCUACCACCUCGGUCCUCUUUUGGGUUCUUUCCACCUCCCCCUUGGAACGGGCCCGUUGUUCCCGCGGUACUUCCUUCGCAGCAGCCCGCACAAGAUCUUCCUCAAGAGCCGCUUCUUGACGCGCUAGAUGGCCCCGUCAUGAAGUUCGAGGAGAUAAACCUCAUCAACGCUGACGUCUUGGACGCAAUUGAUGCGGCUGGAUCCACUCCUGUGCCGCACACCUUUCUCAAGGUGUCUGUGCAGAUCGAUGGCCGGUGGAUGCCGGUUACAUAUCCUAACCUGUCGGUGUGUGGCCGCCCCCGGUUGACUGGCAAUCUAGAUGGCAGGACACCAAUCGCCAUGGUCUCAGCGAACUGGGACGCCACUCCGGACGAGCGUGCUCAAUCCAGCACUCCUCAGCGCUUCAUGAUCUUCACCAUGCAGACUGAGCAACCUCGAGAUUCCCAAGAGGAAUCUACCGUGCCGCCACCCCUCUCAUCACCCAUCAUGGUUCAACGAGUGUGGGUCGAUCUUUCGUUGCCUGCUGAAGAGCAAAAGUGGAUUGAGAAAGAUAAGCCAUGUGCCCAGAUCAUCAUGGAGAUCCUGAGGCGUGUUGAUGCACCGCCCAUCGAUGGCUUCGAUCGCAGGGGCAUGACCGUCAUCCCACUCCAAGUCGUUUUUGAUAUCAUGGGUGACGGAGGAGAGGACCAUUUCGUUUACAACCACCGCAUUCGGCGUGCAGUGCUUGCUGACGAUUCGAUGCUUCUGGAAUCCGGAUACGAGUUGGGAUGUCCCAACGUUGUUAUGAAAUGGCUUGGCGGAGCCGUCGAUGGCGAAAGGAUACUCCCCCCGACAUCUCUUCUCAGGAACCGUCUUCCUCAUGCCAUCGGGAAGCAAUUGGCUCGAAUUAAGGUUCAACAAGCACCAAUGUUCGCAACGCAGGAAGAGAAGGAUCUUGCAGCUGAGACCGCUUGCGGUGAACCGGAGGUGGUGAUUUCUCUUUGGAAAGGAGAAAAGACCUUUCCAAUGUGGGUAUGGACCGCCAUAUGCGGAGACUACGAGUGCAACCAGCUCGGAUACUUCAAGCCCGAUUUCAAAGUCAAUUUCAACUGGAACCCGGAUACCACUGGCAUUUGGGGAACGAACACCACACAUCAGACUCCACUUCCUUUUUAG